AUGGUGUCCGAUCGACCGGGGUUAUGGAUUUACGUUCUCAAUUGCCAGAGAUUGUACACGGUGAUUGGCGCGCCGAAAUGUAGUAUGUAUAUCCUGAAACUUACGGACUUUGGCAUUUCAAAACGGACCCGUUCGGAAACAUUCGCUACUUACGACGACCCAAAUAAGAUCCCAUUCAAAUGGUUACCGCCUGAAGUACUGAGAAGUCGCGAAAUGACGCCAAAAGCAGACGUUUGGUCGUAUGGAGUUUUGAUUCAUGAGCUUGUACGGUAUCGGUGA